AUGGAAUACGUGGAAGGCAUCCCGUUGGACGAAGCAUGUGCCGCGCUGAGCCUGGAGAAGCGAUUGAAGCUGUUCCAAGAGGUUUGCGCCGCGGUGCACUACGCCCAUCGGAACCUGAUCGUGCACCGGGACCUCAAACCCAGCAACAUUCUGGUGACAGCCGAUGGGCGGCCCAAGCUGCUGGAUUUCGGAAUCGCCGAAGUCUUGAGCCACAGCUCGAACGCGCCGAGGCCGCCUUCGAGCCAUGGGCCGCUGACCAUCGCUUAUGCCAGCCCGGAGCAGCUGAACGGCGAGAGAGUCACCAUCGGCACCGACAUUUACUCGCUUGGAGUGUUGCUCUACAAGAUCCUGAGCGAUUACCACCCUUAUCACCAUCACGGCAUCACCAAGACCGAGCUGACGCGUAGGAUCUGCGAGCUCGAUCCGCCUGCCCCCAGCGUUCGAGCAGAUCCGUCGAUCGCCGCUCGUCUGAGGGGAGAUCUCGACGCGUUGACCCUAAAAGCGCUGCGCAAAGACCCCGAGCAGCGCUACGGAUCCGCGGCCCAGUUGGCGGACGACAUCCAGCUCCACCUUGAGGACCUGCCGAUCCGGGCUUGGCCGGGCACCUGGUCCGUGCGCGCGAGAAAGAGAUUUCGACGUCAUAAGGCGGCGCUGCUCGUCGCCACUCUAUUGCUCGGAUUCUCGGUCACCACCACAGUGCUGUGGCGCGACGCGGUGGAGCAAAGAUUCCAAGCAGACCGGGCCCGAAUCCAGGCGGAGAGAACCCGAGACUUCAUCCUGGAAUUUUUCAAAUCCGUGGACCCCACCCAAGGACCAACCAGGAACCGGACCGGGUCGGAUCCCCUGAGCCUGGAGCGCAUCCAGCUCAAGGAAAUGCUCGAUAGCGGAAGAUAUAA